UCUUGGGCACCUUCUCUCCCACAAUGCAGCGGAACAGACUAGCAGUCCUGGCAGCGCUGGCCUUGGCCUACUCCCUCGUGUCUGUGGAAGGCGUCAGCAUCGCCCUCGUCCCUCCACACCCCCAUGUGGGGCAAACGGUCACUCUUUCAGUGAAAGGCAUAGAGAAUCCAUCCAUCUGCCUUUGGUUCCGGGGACACAGGAGCACCAAAGGCCAGAUGAUCUUCAAAGCGGUGUUUGGGAAGAUGAUCGAGAAAGGCCAGAACUUCAAUGGGCGCCAAAGCUUGGGGGAGAACUGUGCCUUGGUCAUCCAAAGCCUGCAUGACUCCGAUUCCGGAGAGUACUUCUUGGUGGCUCUGCCAGGACGGCACUCAGAUCAAAAGUGGAGACAAGCUUUGGCAUGGCUGCGGGUUUCCAGCUGAAGCAACUCACCUGGGAUUGGGCCAGAGAGCUAACGGCUCGACUCCUGCAUCUCAGGAAGCCGAUGCUGCAACCUGCUGGCCAACAGGCGAGCUGAAGGAUGAUGCAGUGCUUCAGCUUUGCCUUUCUUCAUUCCCCUCCUGUCCUCCUGCCUUCCUCCUAAGGAGACAGCAGACUCCAAUAAACUCCGCAUUGACAAGUCAGAAUGCAGCCUGGAGGCGUGCUUGAGGAAAUGUGCAUCGUUUUUCAGAGAGGCUCCUGGGAAUAUCACUUCGGUCCGUUUUCCCUCCCUGCAGGUUUCUCAUCUGCUACACCACAUAGCACUGAAUGUGCUCAGUUCUUCUCAGUCUGUUUUGGUGGUUCCUGGCACACUUUAGGUUAUUUUCGCCCCCCCCCCCACAAGAUUUCUACUUCUCCUCCUCUACUUCUGCAUGUCUGUAUGUAAACUUUCCCUGCUCCUUUCUCCUUCUCAGGCUGCUGUUUUGGUUACAUGAGCGAUCGUUGUCUUCUCUGGAUAUCACAAAUAAAGCAUU